AUGGAUACCGACCAGAAAUUGUGUUGUUCAUUAAUUAAAAAGGAACAUUAUGUGGGCAUAUUUUGGCAAGUUGGGACUGGGAACACGUUUACCAUUAAGGCAAUAGUGGAGAAAUUGAAAAAGGAAGGACAGAAUGUGUCAUUAAACUGCUACACAGGGAUUGCCUGUCUUAAUUAUACAAGAUUGAAGCCAUUGACACUUCAUACAUUUGCUGGAUUGGAAGAUGGGAGACACUCAAAGGAAAAGCUGGUUUACCGGUUAACAACAGACGAACAAUUUGAGAAGACCUUGAUGUGCAUCCAUAGUACAGACAUACUCAUUAUUGAUAAAGUGUCAAUGGUGUCAAAACGUGUAUUUGAAACAGUAGAGUAUGUCUGCAAAAAACUAAAAGACCCAAGUAAACUGUUUGGGGGCAUGCAAGUAGUGUUGUGUGGAGAUUUUGGAGAUGAUAACGGGGACUACUGUUUUCAUGUGGAUUUCUUCUCAAAAUGUUUCCCACAUAUCGUUAUUUUGUCACAAAAUCAUAGACAAAAAGAGCCCAUGCUAAUAAAAGCUGUAAAUGAACUUGCACAUGGCGAGCCAAGCCCGGAAACAAAUGCAUUCAUUGAAUCUUUAGCUCGGCCUUUAAGUGUUGAUGACCAAACAGACAUUACGAGACUGUAUGCCAGAAACUUCGAUGCUGAUAUCAGUAACUAUCGGUAUUUGGAGUCCAUUCCAGGUCCUUUGUGCACAUUUGAGGCAGAGGACAGUAUAGAUGCCUUUGAGUGA